ACAUUUAUCUUAUUUUCCCCAUCCAUUUGCUCGCAUUAUACCCAACGCCGUUUCCAUUACAAGUGUACCAGGUAGGAAGAAGAUCCCUCUACUUCUGCUACCCCUCCUUGUCCGUCCUGAUCCAGACAACUGUUCCUCUGCUUUUCCAAUGUGGACCCAUCCUUCAUCCACUUCCGCGCUAUGGCAGAUUGAUAUUGACUCCGUCUUCUCUCCCACAUUACUGUUUCUUCUUUCCAUCCGAACCUCUCUAUCCCUUUGCUUGUUGCCAACCUGUUUUCCUUGCCUGCAAGGGCCUUGGUACCUACCUAGAUCUUCCAUCUUAUCUCUUGCGUCUUUAGUACUUGAUCCCACCCCCCUCCCCCCAAAAAUACCCUUGCCCUUUUCCUUGAACCCCCAUUCAUAUCAAGAGGUGAAGCAUCUCAAUCCUGUCGUUGUUGAUUCGUUGCCCCUCCUCCUUGCUGCCUCUGUAAACCAGUGGUCCCUGUGACGUUCCUUCCCCCCAUUGCUUCUCCCGCGUAAUGUCCCUAUUGCGUAGGGCACUAUUCAGUCAUGAAGUCCAGUUGCCAUAACACUACCAUUGGUUUCGUGGAUU